UCUAUUUACUUUUGAUAUGAACUCGUCACAAAAAGUUUUGAUAGCAUCUAAACUAGCGAAAAAGAUGAAGAGGCAUUCUCUAAAUCCAAAGAAAAGAAGGAAGAUUAACUUUCAUACCAAAAAUACAAGCAGAGAGCGCUUUAUUAACUUUGAUCUCAAGGAUACAAAAAUCCCCCUUAAAGAGUCUGAAACAGCCAGGAUAAUAUUAAAAAAGAAUUCUAUGUCGAACACUGCGAAGAAAGGCUCUGAACCACUUUUCUUCAAAUCGAAAAGGCUCAUUCAGCGCUCUCCUCAAGCUGAGAGGAUAAAGUACGACAAGAAAAGUAGAGCAAAGAUGGGUUCGAGAAUAUCGAAGAAAGCAUUCCCUGAAAAAUUAGGUAAUUCAAGCGAGAGGCUAAACAUCCUUGAUGGAUAUCUCUGAAAUAGUAGCACUCGGUCCAAGUGACAGUCAAGACUAGAAGUCUUCAGGCUAUCUAAGAACCAGUUAACUCUACAUCCUCAUCCUUAUAACCGAAUGGCAGAAUUAAAAGAGGAUAUGAAGUAUAAAUAUAAUGGACCUCUCGAGAACGGAGUAAGAGAUUUUAAGACUCCUGACAAAGAGAGCCAUAACUUCUUCUGCAAAACUUUCAAGCAGCCAUUAGCAACCCAUUUACCUUCCUUGCAAGUUGAUAACAAGAAAGAGGCCAGCAACAGAUGCCUAAGGCAGACGUUGAACCCUUCGCUGGCAUUUACUCCAGGACAAACGAAGCAUCCUCAUCAUAAUUUUCACAACAACUCAAGACCUAGCAAUGAUAAGUUUCUUAUGAAAAACUUGCAGUUCCACCAUAUGUCAGUGAAAGGGUAUAUCCCCAUUCGUCCAGAUAAGAAGAAUCAGGACUCAUAUGUUGCUAGGAUCAUUCAUGGUGUGAAACCAAAGCCAAACAUUGAUAUCAAAAACGCCCUCCAAGAAGAAAAAUGUCCGAAAUCAAGCGAUAAAAUCGCACUACUUGGAGUAUUUGAUGGUCAUGGCAAGCAUGGGCAUUUGAUGUCUAACAAAGUUAAAGAUAUAUUCAGCCAGGACCUUGAGGGCAAGAAUUUAUGAAAUCCUAGAAACAUAAUGCUUGGCAAAAAUAAUUUUAAUGUUAAUCCUCCAAAACAGGCUACUACAUCAAGAGGUCUAGGGAAACCUUUACUAAGCGAGGUAUUCGAGAAAGACUCCGAUUGUAUCAAGGACUUUUUUAAAAAGAUCCAGGAGUCAAUCACUAGUGGCCAUGGGUCAUCAGAAGCUCCAAAAGUUAAGAAGGAAGACUCUUCUAAAUCAGUUCCCGAAUUGGAUAAUUCGUCAGAUUCAUAUAAAAAGGAAACAAAAUCUGUCCCCUUAUGAAACCCUAAAUUUAGCGGCACAACAGCAUGUGUUUGUAUAGUUCAUGGAACUGAGAUCACCUGUGCUAAUGUUGGAGACUCCAAAGCGGUCUUGUUUUCCUAUGACCAAGACAAAAAAUGGAGCGCAGUCUCUCUUUCAAAAGAACAUGCUUGUGACAUUCCAGAAGAAAAAGUUCGAAUAGAACUUUCAGGUGGCGAGAUCAAACCAUUUUAUGAUCCUAAUGGAAACCCAUUUGGACCUCAAAGAGUAUGGAAAUCAGGAUGUAAAAAGCCAGGAUUAGCUAUGACCAGAUCUCUUGGAGACACAUAUGCUCAUUCUGUGGGAGUAACUUGUGUUCCAGAGAUCCGAAAAUACCGAGUUCCCCAGAAAGGCCAAGGUUUGACCCACUUCCUCAUCCUUGCUACUGAUGGUCUUUGGGAGCAAUUUUCUGUGAUUGAAGUGCUCAAAUUUCUGAAGCAACACCACAGAAAAGAUAUUUCAGAAAUGACUGAGUUAUUAGUAAGUCUAUCUCGUGAAAAAUGGGCCAAGAACGAGAAGAUUAUUGACGAUAUUACUAUUAUUAUAGCAAAGUUUUAG